GCUGCGGGGGGCCCCAGCCGUGUUCGCCGCCCCGCCCCUGCGCUGGGGCUGCCCCCGUGCAGCAGCCUCGGGAGCCUACUGCAGCGCUGCUGCCCCCGCCUCGCCGCCAGCGGCCGCCGCCCCCGCCUGCUGGGUCCGUGCAGCCGGGCGAUGAAGCUGCCCGCGGAGCGCCAGGCGCAGGAGGAGGAGGAUGCUGGGGAGCAGAAAACGCCCCUCUGGAUCUUCGGCUACGGCUCCCUGGUGUGGAGACCCGACUUCGAGUUCAGCUCCAGGAAGGUGGGCUUCAUCCGCGGCUACAGCCGCCGCUUCUGGCAGGGAGACACCUUCCACCGCGGCAACGACAAGAUGCCUGGCCGUGUGGUUACCCUCCAGGAGGAUUAUGAUGCAUGCACGUGGGGUGUUGCCUAUGAAGUCCGUGGAGAGCAGAUUGCUGCAUCGCUUCAGUACUUGAACAUGCGAGAAGCAGUCCUGGGGGGCUAUGACACCAAACUAGUGAAGUUCCACCCCCAGGAUAAAGAGGCUGACGAACCCAUCCUGGCCCUAGUUUACAUUGCUACACCCCAGAACCCCACCUACCUUGGCCCAGCGUCUGAAGAGGACAUUGCAGCCCAGAUCAUUGUCUCGAGCGGUCGGUCUGGACACAACAUAGAGUAUCUGCUGCGACUGGCAGACUUCAUGCGCUACUUUUGUCCCCAGGUGGAGGACGAACACUUGUUUUCCAUUGAGGAGGCCCUUGUUUCCAUCCUGCCCUGUCUAUGCCAGGCUGAGGAGCCUUUAGUGGAGGUGUGAAUGAGACUCCUAUCUCAGAGGGCUGAAAGGGGAGAUGUCUUCAUUUGAUAUUUUCAAAUGAAGACAUGAGGGGGAAGGAAAAAAUACAUUG